GUUGGUGCAGAGCCGCGUCUGGUGCUGCAGCCCCGGCUGCGUCCCGCCCUCCCCCCCGCCGCUGCCCUGGCCAGAUGAGCUACGAGCCCUGUGGCUUCCGCACGCCCUGGCCGGGGUACCGGAGCGUCCGCUCCACCUGCUGCUCCUCCCGGUCUGCCCUGCACCGGCCGCCGCUGGCCCCCGCCCCCGCCCAGCGCUCGGGCCGCUCCGCCUCCCUGGAGAAGCUGGAGCUGUCCCAGGUGAGCAGCCUGAACGCGGAGCUGCUGGGGCUGCGGGCCCAGGAGAAGCAGCAGCUGGCCGAGCUCAACGACCGCUUCGCCGCCUACAGCGAGAAGGUGCGUCGGCUGGAGCAGCGGAACAGGGCGCUGCUGGUGGAGCUGGAGGCGCUGCGCCAGAAGCCGCAGGACCCCUGGCGCCUGCACCGGCAGGAGCUGCGCAGCCUGCAGGGCCGGCUGGCGGCUGAGGCCGGCGAGAAGAGGCGCAUGGAGGCCCGCCGGGAGCAGCUGCGCGACGCCCGCCGGCAGCUGCAGGAGCGCUGCGGGGAGGAGGCGCGGCUGCGGCGGCAGGCCGAGGAGACGCUGCAGAAGGGGCGGGAGGGGGCCAGGCAGGCCGCGCUGGCGAACCGCGACGUGGAGGGCAGCGCCGGCUCGCUGCUGCGGGAGGCCUCCUUCCUCCGCAAGGCCUUUGGGCAGGAGAGGGCCGAGCUGUCGGCCCAGGUGGCGGCGGCCAGGCUGCCGGUGGCGGCGAGGCGGGCGGGAGCCAAGCCCGAGCUGGCGGCCGCGCUGCGGGAGAUCCGAGCGCAGUACGAGGCGCUGGCCGGCCGGAACAGGCAGGCGGCCGAAGGCUGCUACCGCCCCAGGCUCGCCUCGGCGGCCGAGCUCGCCAGCAAGAGCAGCCAGGCGGUGAGCUCCAUGCGGGAGGAGGCGGCCGAAUACCGGCGCCAGCUGCAGACCCGCUCGGCCGAGCUCCAGGCCCUGCGCAGGGUCGUCGACUCCCUCAACAAGCAGCUGCAGAGCGCGGAGGACAGGCGGAGCAGCGAGGUGGCCACGUACCAGGAGUGUGUGGCCGACCUGGAGCAGAAGAUCAGGGAGGCCAAGCAGGAGAUGGCGCGGUACCUGCGUGAGUACCAGGACCUGCUCAAUGUCAAGAUGGCGCUGGACAUCGAGAUCGCCGCCUACAGGAAACUGCUGGAGGGGGAAGAGAUCCGCCUGAGCUACUCAUCUCCCCUGUGAUCAGCAGGGGUCCCUGCAGCAGGAGUGCAGCCCCCAGUCACCCCCACGUUCUCUGCACCCCCUGCUGCCCUUUCCCUUCACACCCCUUUGCCCCCAGUGCUGAGGGAGCCAAGCAGCUGCCCCCCAGGGCCAUUCACCAGCAGCCAGGGCCGUGCUGCCAGGCAUCUGUGAGCCCCAUCUCAUGGGGCAACAAGGCCAAGGGGCUGCAGCCAAUCUCUGCCAUGGCCCGGCAAGGGCAGGCUCCAGACCCCCCCGUCACCAGUGCAGGGAGAGGCCAGGAGUGUCCUGGACUCCAGCCACUCCCUUCCCCUCCCAGCGCUGUGCUGAACACUGGCCAGGCCCCGCUGGACAAGGCCUCUUGGGUGUGUCCUCAGGAGCCCAGCACCCACUCCAGGUACCUCUUGGCCCCAGCAGGACUCCUGGGGCUGUUGCCCUCUUGUUGCUGCCUGAGGCUGAGCUGCCUCCUACCCAAGUGACUUCCCCUGGGCACCGGGAGUUGAACCGCAAGUGGCACGUGCCCUCUCCGGAUCCCAGAGGGCGAAACUGCAAGUGAUGUCUCCCCGCAGAGCUGCUCACCCUGGCUGUGCUGAGGGAGAACGGCAGCAGGGCGCAGGCAGCACUGGCAUGCCAACAGGGAGGGCUGCCCCAGGCUGCACCCCCCAGGAGGUGGCAGGUCAGACCAGCAUGCACUCCCUGCUGUAAAGGGGCAAACAGCACAGGGAGGGACAGCAGUGGGCAAGCAGGGAGAGCUGUACCCCAUUCCCCUGGCCCUGCUGUGACCCCCCCCGAGCUGCCUCCCACCAUUGGGUGCCCCCUGCACAGAGGGGAGAUCCCACAGAGCUGGGAGCCAGCCCAGCCUCUCUUGAAAGGGGCACUCACAGCCACCACAGGGCCCAGUCCAGCUCUCCCAGGAACUUCCCCCGGGGAGCCCCCAUGCAGGCGGAGGUGGUGUGGGGCUAAUACAGCAGAGCUGCCUACAGGGGUGCUGUGCUGAUCAGUCAGUGGGGGGCCAGCACAGACCCUUCAUCUCUCCCAAUCAUUGCACCAGCCACCCUUUCUGCGCAGCGCCUGGGCCAGCCUGGCACUGCCACGUUGCCUGUGCCUGCGUGGGAAGCGCCUCAAUAAAAGCCCCAUGGCAUUAACC